AUGAAGUUUGCAUUGGCAGCAGCAACCCUAGGGUUUCUUGGGACUGUAUCCGCUUCUGCCAUUCCCAAUGAACCAAAUGCCAGGGUUCCGGCUGUUGAUAAGAUCAAUGUCAAUGGCGACAGCCGGAUACAAGUGCGAACGGCUAGUCUCAAUGGACAAACAUAUUCAUAUUGGGAUGCCUCUAGUGUAGGCCCUAGCAAAGGGACCAUUUUUAUGCUUCAUGGAUUUCCGGGCCUUGCUGCGUCGUGGAGGUAUCAGGUCCCAGCAUUAAUUCAACUAGGAUUUCGUGUUAUCGUGCCCGAUUUAAUGGGCUAUGGGAAAACUAACGCACCGGAAUUUUCCGCUCCCCUCUACAGUUACAAGAGGGCGUCGGAUGAUAUGGCCAGCCUCGUUCGUCAGUUGGGGCUAUCGAAAGUUAUUGUUGUCGGUCAUGAUUUAGGUGGCGUUGCCGCGUAUCGAGUCGCGCAGUAUCAUACAAACCUAAUUUCACAUAUUGCUGUGGUUGGAACUCCUUUCACAGCUGCCUCUCCUACCUAUGCGACGCUGGAACAGCUUGUCCAGAAACUUUCAUUUUUUGGCUAUCAGAUCUCAUUUAGAGAUCUUGUCCCAGCGAAGCACAUCAAGACCAAGGAUGAUAUGAGGAGAUUUUUAGAUGCCGUAUAUGGCGGGAAAACUCCGGAUGGAAAGACCGCACUUGAUCCGACAAAGGGUGUGCUCUACGAACUAUUACCUCAGAUCCAAAAAUCACCCUUAUUCACUCCAGAGGAACUGGAAUUCUUUGUCAACGAAUACAUGCGCCACGGGAUUACUCCUCCACUGGGUUGGUAUCGAACCCGCCGACAAAACUACGAGGAUGAACUCUCCCUUGUUGGCAAGGGUAUCAGUCAGCCAACUCUUUUUAUUGCUGCUAACCAGGACCCUGUCCUGAAGCCGAUCCUUUCCCGAGGUAUGGAACGAUCUAUCCCGAAAUUGACUCGCAGGGCGGUGGAUACCGAACAUUUUGCCAUGGAACAGAAACCAAAUGAGGUCAAUGCCAUUCUUAGGGAAUGGCUUCAAGGAGUGGUUCUUGGGGGCAAGGACAAGUUGUAA